ACCGUCGCGCGGCAACGCGCGGAGCCGGCGGAAGUGGGGCUCGGGUCCCGCGGCUGGGCUGGAGGCACCGAACGCCGUCGUCUGCCCGGGCCCGCCCAACCGGGCUCCCAACCCCAUCCGGACCCUGCCGCCCGAGCGCGCGGCCCCGGGAGCACCCGGUAAACUUUGUAGAUGAAGCACAAGGAAUACACACAAAGAAAGCCCACAGAUCCUGAGCACACAGCUGGGUGAAUUUACCCAAACCUCCCAGCAUGGUGCUCAAGGCCUUCUUCCCCACGUGCUGCGUCUCGGUGGACAGCGGCCUGCUGGUGGGAAGGUGGGUUCCGGAGCACAGCAGCGCCGUGGUCCUGGCGGUCCUGCACUUUCCCUUCAUCCCCAUCCAGGUCAAGCAGCUCCUGGCUCAGGUGCGGCAGGCCAGCCAGGUGGGCGUGGCCGUGCUGGGUACCUGGUGCCACUGCCGGCAGGAGCCCGAGGAGAGCCUGGGCCGCUUCCUGGAGGGCCUGGGUGCCGUCUUCCCCCAUGAGCCCUGGCUGCAGCUGUGCCGGGAGAGAGGCGGCACGUUCUGGAGCUGCGAGGUCACCCACCGGCAAGCGCCCGCUGCCCCCAGUGCCCCUGGUGAGGACCAGGUCAUGCUCAUCUUCUAUGACCAGCGCCAGGUGCUGCUGUCACAGCUACACCCGCCCACCGUCCUGCCCGACCGCCAGGCUGGAGCCACCCCUGCCAGCACGGGGGGCCUGGCUGUGGUCUUUGACACAGUGGCACGCAGUGAGGUCCUCUUCCGCAGCGACCGCUUCGAUGAGGGCCCCGUGCGGCUGAGCCACUGGCAGUCGGAGGGCGUGGAGGCCAGCAUCCUCGUGGAGCUGGCCAGGCGAGCCUCGGGACCCGUCUGUCUGCUGCUGGCCAGCCUGCUGUCACUGGUCUCAGCCAUUGGUGCCUGCCGAGUGUUCAGGCUCUGGCCCCUGUCCUUCCUCGGGAGCAAGCUCUCCACGUGUGAACAGCUCCGGCACCGGCUGGAGCACCUCACACUCAUCUUCAGUACGCGGAAGGCGGAGAACUCUGCCCAGCUGAUGAGGAAGGCCAACACAGUGGCCUCCGUGCUGCUGGACGUGGCCCUGGGCCUCACGCUACUGUCCUGGCUCCACGGGAGAAGCCGCAUUGGGCAUCUGGCCGACGCCCUCGUUCCUGUGGCUGACCACGUGGCCGAGGAGCUCCAGCACCUGCUGCAGUGGCUGAUGGGCGCUCCCGCCGGGCUCAAGAUGAACCGUGCACUGGACCAGGUGCUGGGCCGCUUCUUCCUCUACCACAUCCACCUGUGGAUCAGCUACAUCCACCUCAUGUCCCCCUUCGUCGAGCACAUCCUGUGGCACGUGGGCCUCUCGGCCUGCCUGGGCCUCACGGUGGCCCUGUCCCUGCUCUCGGAUAUCAUCGCCCUCCUCACCUUCCACAUCUACUGCUUCUACGUCUAUGGCGCCAGGCUGUACUGCCUGAAGAUCCACGGUCUGUCCUCGCUCUGGCGUCUGUUCCGGGGGAAGAAGUGGAACGUUCUGCGCCAGCGCGUGGACUCCUGUUCCUAUGACCUGGACCAGCUGUUCAUCGGGACUCUGCUCUUCACCAUCCUGCUCUUCCUCCUGCCAACCACGGCCCUGUACUACCUGGUGUUCACCCUGCUCCGGCUCCUGGUGGUCGCUGUGCAGGGCCUGAUCCAUCUGCUCGUGGACCUCAUCAACUCCCUGCCGCUGUACUCACUGGGUCUUCGGCUCUGCCGGCCCUACAGGCUGGCGGCUGGUGUGAAGUUCCGUGUCCUGCAGCAUGAGGCCGGCAGGCCCCUCCGCCUCCUGAUGCAGAUAAACCCACUGCCCUACAGCCGCGUGAUGCACACCUACCGUCUCCCCAGCUGUGGCUGCCACCCCAAGGACUCCUGGGGUGCCCUGUGCCGCAAGCUGUUCUUUGGGGAGCUCAUCUACCCCUGGAGGCAGAGAGGGGACAAGCAGGACUGAGGGAGCCGGCCGCCGGCUUGCCCAGAACCACUGCACAGCCACGGCCAGCCCUCUGCCAGGGUGGUGCCAGCUCAGCUGGCGCGCGGCCCGUGCUUUGUGGACGCUGCUGUAUGCUCCCGAACACAGCAGGCCCUGCUAUCACACCUUGGGCUUGGAGGUCAUUGGGGGUGAGCAGAUGUGGGGGUGGCCAGCCCAGCUGGCUGCGCUCCAUCACUGGCACUGCCUGCCUUGAGACCCGCUUCCCGCCUGCUGCAGUCACCACGGUGGCGAGCACAGCAGCCCCAGGUGUGCAGAGCACUGCCCCAUGCCCACCCUGCGUACCCAGGUCCAGAGGGCCCGGGCCCUGACUCCCUGAACCACAUGGGGUUUAUUUGCUGAUGUUCCCUGGAGAGGUCGCUUUGUGAAGGAGCUGUCAGCAGGCCGUGGGCAUUGCCAGGCUGCUGUGGGGGUGGGAGCAGCCUUAGUGUCAAGGGCCUGCCCACUGACCCAGCCAUACCUCUCCGUGAGUGGUGCCCCUGCAGCAACAGGCCCUUGGGCCAAAUCUCCUGUCUCCCAUCGUGGGCCUCCCAGGGAAGGCGGAAGCCCUGCUGUGCAGACACGUCUGUGGGCCACGGGUGUGAGCAGCCUGGGAGGGGCUGUGGCACUGAAGCCAAAAGUGCCUGCCAGACAGCACGGCCUGGGUGCGGGGUUCCCUUCAGGAGGGGAGGCUGCAGGUGCCGGCUGGUGAGGGGAUGACGCGCUGUGGGCGGGAGGAGGCAGCGCCCGUCUCAGCAGCACCAGGACCACUCCGGACUCCCUGGCGACCCAGCACUGGGGAAGCCGUCAGCUGCUGUGCAAUAAAACUUGCCCCGUGUUUGGAGCGCAGGCUCCGCCCCGGG